AUAUAGCCACAAUGAUUGUCAUACUUUGCUAUGGACACCUUGGCUUUCAUGAUUUUUGCGAUAUGCUGUCUUACGAACAUAGCUCCCAGAAUCUUGGCAUUUAGUCACACAGGCCAGUGUCCAUUGGGCAAUAGAAGCUCUAUAUGGACAUAUAGAGCCAAUAAGUUGCCACGGAUUGGUUCUUGUAAUGCAAUUAAUAAAUCAGAAGAAUCCGAAGCCAGUGUUGCUACGGAUAUAAUACCGGAAUACUAUGGAGCCGAAUACACCGAAGAUGACUUGAACAAGGAACGAGAAGAGAUUCGCGACUGCCUUGUUCUCAAUGAGUUUAGUAUGAAAAAGGAUAAGUUGCCAAGGGCGCACCCGCUGUAUAAAUUUCUACGAGAAGAGCGCAAGAAGGUGAUUAAAAUAGAAAGGAUACAGCGUUGGCGGCAGGCUGAAGCCCGACGCCAGGAAUGGCGUGACUUUUUCCAAUCAGUAAAGGACGGCACUUUCGAGAAUAUAUUCACUGUCGAGCAGCAGGACAUUUGGGGACGUAUGCUUGAUAAGACCGUGGAACUAGCUCACCCACUAAUCGAUGAAAUUGAACGAAUCAUGGACAAUGGGUCGUUAUCCCCGGAGAAGCGCAAUGAAAUGGCAGUGGAACUAAGGACGCGGGUACAGGAUAUUCGCGAGCAAGUGUUCCAGGAUUUUGAACCUGAAUUACGUACUUCGGGAGCACUGGAACGUGCGCAGCGUUACAUUGCCAGCGUACCCACCUAUAUCAUGGAUAUAUGCCAACCCGAUGUUAACCACAACGUAUACAUCAAGCCGCAGAAUUGCACUAUUGACGCCGAUAUCGAGUGGUCGAAUACAGUUUUAGGCAGCGGCAGGGAGCCGAACGAACCAUAUUGGAAGUGGCACCUGCUGCCGUCACUGGGACAGAAACGUAAAAAACGAUUAGGUAGAGGCCAUGGCAGUGGCAAGGGUGGUAGUUCAGGUCGUGGGUGCAAGGGCCAGAAACACAGAUCGGGCAGAUAUGUAAAUCCGGUCUUCGAAGGCGGCCAGAUGCCAUUGUAUCGGAGGUUACCCAAGUUUGUUGGACGACCCGUUGGACCCGGUCAUCGGCAUGGUAGAAAAAAGUAUGAGCUCAUACCAAUACAUCAACUCAAUGUAGCGAAAGAUGGAACUGUAGUGGAUUGGGCGACAUUGGAGUGCCUGGGAGCACGGUUAGGUCGAUACAAGCGGGGGCAUCCAAUAAAAGUUGUUGGAGGCAAGAAGUAUGGAGGCGUUGCAGAGCCCCUUACAGCCAGAAACCUUAUCGUAAAGGCACAUGCGUUCACGAAAUCUGCCGCUAAGGAAAUUUACCAAAUGGGUGGUCGCUGCUUCUUGCUGCGACCGUCGACCCUAGAUAUAGUACAGGAAGAAUAUCACCCUGAGGUACCCAGAGCAAGGCGUUAUAUAUUCAGCGGCAAGAUAUCCAGACGUGAACGCAGACGUAGAGAAAUAAUGAAGCGUGUAAAAGAGGAAAUAGAUAAAGAGGACCGUGAAAUUGAUAGUGCUAUGAAUAAAGUAUCCACUUGUGAUACUGGGAUCGAUUCGGUACCACAGAAUGCAUCGCAACCCACUGCCAUGGAACCAUCAUUGCCAGAAACAGAUAACAUAGCAGGAACCCAGAAUCAACAAACGAAGACAGAUCCAAUUGCAGAAGCUUCACAGAUAGAAUCUGUGCCAGAAUGCAACACGACUGAUACGAGUGACAGUAACACUGCACCUAAGAAAAAGAGAGGAAGGAAGCCAAAGGGUACCACAUGAUCACUAGGUCAAUCUCUGUGAACAUAUCAGUCAGUGACAAUACAGAACUG